AUGUCAUCGUCAACACCCUCCGGCUCAAAGUCAGACUCGACACCAUCCUCAUCAAGAUCACUACCUGUCCCUCAUGCUCACUUCAGUGCUCAAUCACAAUCUCGAUUCUCAUACGCUACGACUUCACCUCCUACUCCAGAUCCAGAUAGGUUAUUCUUCCGUCCACCUCAUGCAUCUCCUGAUCCAGAUGUCACGGCAAGUACCCCAGACAGGCAAGGUAACAAUGCUUCGAUGACUAAUUUGGUAUUUGGCGAUGAUGCUGGUACCGGUCAGGCAGGUGGAGUAGCAGUAGGAUAUGGGAUGGAUCCUAAGAUGUUGGCUGAUAUGUUAAGUCCACCUGAACCUUCAAGCUCAGGCUCGAGCUCAUCCAAGAGGAAGAAAGGAAAGGAGAAGGAAAAGAGAGUGAAGAAACAAACAUCGAGGACCUCGAUAAAACACCAAGAACAAGAGAGGAAUAAUGUCUCACCACCUAGUACACCUCCCCCAGUCCCACCUAAGAACCUCUUACUACCAAAUGCCACACCCAAAUCGACACGAACCGUCACCAGUCUCUCAUCAUCACUAUCACUUGGAUAUUCAGACACCACCCACUCCCAUUCCCACUCUCAUUCCAGACAUUCUCAUUCCACCGAGAUCCAUUCACCUAAAAAAGCCAUCCAUGGUCGUAUGACAUCCGCUUCAUCUCAUCAACUGAACCCCAAACCUUCUCUCGCAAGUUUAUCGGGUUUCUCACCAAGUCAACCAAAUUUUCAACCGAAUUAUCUGAUAUACUACGACCAAGAAGGGUACCAAGGAGAGUGUGAGAAUCGUCCAUCGACAUCAACGAAUUAUCCAAAUCCAUCCGAAUCCUUCGAACAUGAAACCACUCUUGGUCACGGUAGAGAAAGGUUACAAGCCAGUCUAGCAGCUUUGCCAUGGGCUGAACCACCUCCUCGUCUACCAUCACCUAACAACUUUAAUUCACCCACCAGCGGAACUGGAUAUAGCUCUUCGACUGUUCGAGCGGAAACUCCUCAGAGGACACCGACAUAUUCCUUUUUGGCUAAUGAUCCUUCGGUAUCCGCAUCGGCUUCUGCGAUGUACGAUAAUCACUCUAGAAGACCUAGUGCGACUUCAUCGAUCAAAAGUCAGCUGACCAUGCCACCCAUACCUGAAGCUAUUAGUGGAUUGGUACUGGGUGUACCACAGUCACCCAGUGUAUGGGCCCAGUCUCCAUCUCAGUCUCAUGAAUCAAAUAGAUCAUCCCAACAAAGUGGAUACAGCGGUAUGGCAGAAUUUCAACCUUCCAGUUCUUCUAAACCAAGUGGUAAAGACGGUCAAACUUCACCGAUCUCUCAGGAUAUGUCAUCUCCCGGUAUAAUCAGCCUGAUGUCUAAUACUAGCUCAAACACUAAUCAGAGCGGCAGUGGUAAUCACGAUAGAUAUCCUAGUAUAGGCUCAGCAAUGGCCACCAAAGCUUCUUCCUCCACAUCUCACUCGAACGGAAAAUGGUCAUUUGUCAGUCGGUCCAAAUCAAGUCCGAUGACCAAAUCCUCGCGGAGCAAAUCAUUCAAGUCAAUCCAUUCUGCUAAAUCGUACAAUUCCAAAAGAGGUUCACUAAGUACGUUAGGAGGACAUGGAGGUAGAUAUGUGUUGAAAAGGUGGGAAGUGAUACAGAAUUUAUCGAACAUCAAUUCGAGUACUCAGCAUUGGGAGGUGUUAGAUGGAGAGGAAGUGAGGAAGAAGGAGAAUCAAAUGGAUUUGAGGUCGUUGGUGGGUAGAGCUUGGGUAUUGGAGAGGUUUCUAAGGAGUGGGAAGAGGGUAUCAUCACAAUCUUUGAAGAUUCUACGUCCCUUUACACCCUCAUCAUCAGCUACAUCAUCCCCCAUGCCAGCCAGACCGCCUUUACCCCACUUACCAUCGAGUUCCAUAUCGACCACCAGACAUCGUCCGUCCUUAUCUGUCUCAGUGUCAGUUGACCCUUCUCGCAAAUCUUCUCUACGGCACUCUAAUACUUUCGGUAAACAACAUUCGCCGAGGAGCAAGUCAACAUCUAGCUCCAAUACCGGUACGAGAAGAUCCAAGUCUUCUAGGGACAGAAGAGGGUCGGCACCGUCGAUAAGAGUAAGGUUGGGAAAGAAAUUACGAAGAACUGAAAGUAGGGAAGAUAUCUUUACUGAGAUAGGUUCGUCGGAGGAAGGGGGAAGUAGGAAUCAUAGUCUUGAUGAUUCUGUUGAUUCUCAUGUUCGCGCCGAGCGGGGUUAUCCAAGUGUACGUUCACCCAAACGUAAAUCUACUACUGAGAAAGAAAAGCAAAAGGGAGACGAUAGAGUAGGUGGCAAAGGUGUGAUUGUUUUUCCCGAGGAACUAUCUUCAUCGUCGAACGAGAAUAUACACAACGAUGGAAAGAAAGAUUCCUCACCCUUACCACCUAAAGACCAUGGAUAUGGGAAGAAUCGAAGUGGAUGUACUACACCGAAUUGUUUCAAUAUCUCACCUACCUCUCCUACUCCACUAUUACCACAUCCUGAUCCGACGUAUCAUACUCAUACCAGAUUCAGUCAUUAUGAUCAACCACAAGCAAAUUCCGAAACAAAUUAUCUUAGCCCAAAAUGUAACACGCAAGGGCACGAUCCAGAGAAAGGCGCCGGUUUGGUGGUUGUGCUGAUUGUGGGAUUGUUGGUCGGAUUGUUGAUGAAGAGGAAAGAACAGAGUGAUUGA